AUGGCAGAAGUUGCAAAAAUCUUUAAUUCAUUUCAAGAUUACCUUAACUAUGAACAAGAAUUGAGAGAGGAAAUACGUGUUAUUGUCCGAAAGCUCGAAAAAUGUUCUCGAGAUAUUUUAAUGGUUUUACAAAAUAUUCACAAUGAAAAUCCAAUGGAAGAAGAUAUUAUUGUAUCGCAGUACUGUGCAAAAGCACGAGAACAUUUUGAAACGGUUCGUCAAUACUAUUCAGAAUUGGAAAAAUUGGUACCAAAUGAUCAGUAUUACCGAUUCCAUGAUCAAUGGCGUUAUGUUACACAAAGACUGUGCUUUCUUGUUUCUUUAAUCAUUUAUCUAGAGGUCAAAACACUUGUUACUAAAGAAACAGUUGCUGAAUUUCUUGGAAUUAAAAGCAACCGUGAAGAAGGCUUUCAUUUGGAUAUUGAAGAAUUUCUGAUGGGCUUGCUCGAGUUGUCUGCUGAACUGACACGAUUUGCAGUAAAUAGCGUCACAUGUGGUGAUUACAAUCGACCAAUUGAAAUUGCACGUUUUGUCAAUGAAUUAAAUGCUGGUUUUCGAUUGCUCAACUUGAAAAACGACAAUUUGAGAAAACGCUUCGAUGCUUUGAAGUACGAUGUCAAGAAAAUUGAAGAAGUUGUUUAUGAUUUAAGCAUUCGUGGUUUAAAACCAACAAGUCAGCAAAUUUCACCGGCUCAAUAA